AUGGAUUCUAUGCUUUACAGGACAAAAAACGACAACACCAACGAAGUAUUCAAGCUUCACAGCAAGAACAUCAUAGAAAACUAUCAAAAAGCCUUCCUUACCUUCCUUCCCACUGAGUCAGUGGCAGCUGCACCUGCUGGUCGCGCCGAGCAGGUCGCUGACACCAAGCAUCGUAUCGCCGUAAUCGGCGCUGGCGUAUCGGGACUCCUGGUGGCAAUGCGACUUGCCGAUAAAGGGAUGAAAGUCGACGUAUAUGAAGCUUCGAAUCGUACCGGUGGUCGCCUUUACACCUACAAGUUUCCUGGCGGCGGGGAGUGGGAUUACUUUGACAUCGGUGCUAUGCGAUUCCCAGACACCGCGGUAAUGAAACCGACAUACGAUCUUUUCAAAGAACUUGAGAUUCCGCUUCUAAACUACCAAAUGCACACUGACAAGAACUGGCUAUACUACAAUGAUAUCCGGGUUAAACGCGGUGACGCAGCCGGACAGGACUUUGGUGCGCGUGAGAGCAAGGGGGGAACCGUUCCGGACGAGUGGGUUAACAUCGGUAUUUCGAAACUGAUGGACAACGUUUAUGGGAGGUUCCUCGCCAUGCUGAGAAAGGAGUUUAAAGAAGGUUACAAGGAAUUGAUGAAGUACGAUGAACACUCGACUCGGAGCUUUAUGGCAUUCGUACAUCUGGAGGAAUGGGUCGACUCAUCUGGAAAGACGUAUCCUCGGAAGGACCUUUAUCCAACCUCUGUCAUCAAUUGGCUCGAGACGAUGACUUACUCUACAGGAUGGUUCGACCGGGCGUUCAGUGAAACCGUUCUAGAAGCGUUGGCCUUUGCCGAAGGGUUGCCGAAGCCUGCAGAAUUCCGUUGCGUCAAGGAUGGUUCUCAGAGGGUCACAGAUAAAAUGGUUGAAUUGUUGAAGACCAAGUUCAAGGAUAGCGUCGCCAUCUACACCGGUAAACCGGUGGCCUCCGUAACCUACGACCCGCCGGAUCAAUCAUUGUCUGUCACUUGGAAGGACUCCACCAACCCGAACACCGGCCAUACUAGCUCUGGAUACUCCCAGGUUGUCCUGACCAUAUCCCCUCAGUCUAUGAGACAGAUGGACCUUUCGACAUGCAGGCUUGACUAUGGCCAGCGAAAUGCAUUACGGAUGCUUCAGCCUGGCCCUUCAAUCAAAAUCGGCAUGAAAUUCAAACGAAACUGGUGGGCUGAUCAGCAGAUCACUGGUGGGCAGAGUGUAACUGAUCGGUCCGCGCGUGCCGUCGUGUAUCCGUCUCAUGGGAGUGGUGAAUCCACAGUGCUCAUUGCGAGUUAUUGCUGGAGUAAGUCUCUUCCUUCAUUUCUUGUUCUUCAGAAGGAUGACGCGUAUUAUACAGCGCAAGAUGCGAGGAAUCUUGGGGCUUGGAUAGAUGGUCUUCCGAAAGAGUCUUACUAUGAGGAACGAUUGAGGGACUUGAUUCUAGGCGACCUUUCGGCUAUCCACGGCAUUCCGCUAGCUGAUAUCAAAAGGGAAUACGACUGUAUGUACGCCUACGACUGGGCUCAGAAUCCCCAAACCAUAGGUGCAUAUGCCUUCUUCGGUCCUGGCCAAUUCAGUUCCUUGUACGCAAACCUCACGAGGCCUGCAGCAGGCGGCCGUCUUCAUUUUGCUGGAGAGGCUAUUAGCACAUGCCACGCCUGGGUCGCUGGCGCAGUCGAGAGUGCGAACAGGGUCGUCAAUCAGAUUCAACCUGCCUCCGAAACGCUGGAAAUGAUACUCGAGCCGGAAGCUGCGGUGCUGCAAUUGGCUAUCAGUGAUUACUUACAGAAGAACGAGGAGAAACGUUGA